UUCUUAAAGUAAUAACAAACAAAAAAUAAAGUAACAACCAACAAACAAAAAAAUGAAACAAAAAAACAAGGAGUAUUCCAGUUUUUCUAAUUCCGAGCUGAUGGCAUUUACUGUUACUGAUAUAAUCAGUGAACUGCUAGCUGCACAAGAAAGUAAAAAAGUUGUUGAUUUAAAUAAGUUAAAGAGUAGUAUAUCUUCUAAAUAUGGUUUAUCUACUCAGCCUCGCCUAGUUGAUAUAAUUGCAGCUGUUCCAGCACAGCAUAAAAAGUUACUUUUACCAAAACUCAAAGCAAAACCUGUUCGCACAGCUUCUGGGAUUGCUGUAGUUGCAGUUAUGUGUAAACCGCAUCGUUGUCCUCAUAUCAGUAUGACAGGAAACAUUUGUGUUUACUGUCCUGGAGGACCAGAUUCUGAUUUUGAAUACUCAACACAAUCCUACACUGGGUAUGAACCAACUUCAAUGCGUGCAAUACGUGCUCGUUAUAAUCCUUACUUGCAAACACGACAUCGAAUUGAACAAUUAAAAUCACUUGGUCACAGUGUGGAUAAAGUAGAGUUUAUUGUUAUGGGGGGUACAUUUAUGGCAUUGGAUGAAGAGUACAGAGAUUAUUUUAUUCGCAAUUUGCAUGAUGCCCUGUCAGGUCACACAAGUAACAGUGUCGAAGAAGCAGUGCGAUAUUCUGAAAAAAGCAAAACCAAGUGUAUUGGUAUAACAAUUGAGACACGCCCUGACUACUGUCUGAAACGACACAUCAGUUCCAUGCUGUUAUACGGCUGCACUAGGUUGGAAAUAGGAGUUCAAAGUGUAUAUGAAGAUGUUGCACGAGAUACUAAUAGAGGUCACACAGUCAAAGCUGUAUGUGAGUCGUUUCAAUUGGGUAAAGAUUCGGGUUACAAAGUAAUUGCUCACAUGAUGCCAGAUUUACCUAAUGUUGAUAUGGAACGAGAUAUUGAGCAGUUUGUUGAAUUUUUUGAAAACCCUGCGUUUAGAGCAGAUGGGUUAAAAAUAUAUCCAACUUUAGUAAUUCGUGGAACAGGUUUGUAUGAGCUUUGGAAGACUGGCCGAUAUAAAAGCUAUCCUCCUGGUGCUCUUGUUGACUUAAUUGCUCGUAUACUUGCUCUUGUACCCCCUUGGACACGUGUUUACCGAGUCCAGCGUGAUAUACCUAUGCCACUUGUAACAUCUGGUGUAGAGCAUGGAAAUUUAAGAGAAUUAGCACUUGCAAGAAUGAAAGAUUUUGGGACUGAGUGUCGAGAUGUUCGUACCAGAGAAGUUGGUAUACAAGCAAUUCAUAAAAAUAUUCGACCUUACGAAAUUGAACUUAUUCGUAGAGAUUAUGUUGCAAAUCAAGGUUGGGAAACAUUUUUAUCUUAUGAAGAUCCGGAUCAAGAUAUUUUAGUCGGACUACUACGCUUGCGAAAAUGUUCUGAGGAUGUGUUUCGACCUGAGCUUAAAGGUGGGUGCUCAAUAGUACGCGAACUUCAUGUCUAUGGAAGUGUUGUACCAAUCAACGCUCGGGAUCCAACAAAGUUUCAGCACCAGGGUUUUGGAACAUUACUAAUGGAAGAAGCUGCUCGUAUUGCCAAAGAAGAACAUUUUUCUAAAAAAAUAGUUGUGAUAUCAGGUGUUGGUACUCGCGAUUACUACCGAAAGCUCGGCUAUUCUCUUGAUGGUCCCUAUAUGUCUAAAUUAUUAACAUAAUUGCAUAGCUUUCAACUUUU